CCCAAGGCGUUGGUGGUUGUGUCCGUCCGAGGAUGUGUCGCUCUCCGGCAGCAUCGGUUCCACCGCCGCUGCUUUGAUAUAGCGAAGGCAGGCGACGGGGGUGAAUUCGCAGCUGUGUUUGAAGGUCCAUCAGCUCCAGUUGCUCGAAGCGGCGAGAUGGGAGACCAGAAGGAGUCUCUGCGCAAGAUCAUCCAGACUCUCGCCAACAAGAAUGAAGAGAUCUCCAACUUCGUCUGCGGUCUCAAACAGAGCCUGGACAACCUGGAGGCCAACUCCAACAGAGUUCAGGAGGACCUGGAGUCAGAGUUCGGCUCCCUGCACACUAUUCUGGACGAGAUGAAGGAGAGCAUGUUGACGCACAUCAAACAGGAGCGAGCCAGUCGCACCUAUGAACUUCAGAGUCAGCUGAGUGCCGGAUCCAAAGCCCUGGAGAGUUCUGAGGAACUGCUGGAGCUGGCCAAUCAGACGCUCUGCUCCUCCCAGACGGACAGCUUCUCUCAGGCGGCCAAAGACAUUAAGGAUAGUGUGACGAUGGCUCCGGCCUUCCGUCUCUCCCUGAAGGCAAAAGCCAGCGACAACAUGAGUCAUCUGAUGGUGGACUUCAGCCAGGAGAGGGAGAUGCUGAAGGGUCUCAAGUUCCUCCCAGUCCCUGCCACUCCGGAGAUCCAGGUGUCGGAGUGUCAGGUGUGUGACAACACGGUGAGCGUGGUGUGGAGCCUGCCGCAGCCCGACAGCAAGAUAGACCACUACAUUCUAGAACAUCGACGCACCAACCAUGAAGGUCCGCCACGCAUCAGAGAGGACUACCCCUGGAUGGUGGUGGAGGGGAUCAAAGAGACGGAGCACACACUCACAGGUUUGCGCUUCGAUACCCGGUACAUGACUUUUAGAGUGAAGGCCUGUAACAAGGCGGUGGCCGGAGAAUUCUCUGAGCCUGUGACCCUAGAAACCCACGCAUUUUCCUUCAAACUGGACUCUGGGUCGGCCCACCAGAACCUGAAGAUAGAGGACUUGAGUGUGGAGUGGGACAGCAGUGGAGGGAAAGUGCAAGACAUGCGCAAGGAGAAGAAUCGCACCAACUCACCGAUGCAGUCGCCGGCCAGGUCGGCCCUCAUGUCCCCAAAGAGAGCACCUAUCACCCGGCCGAGCCGGGACCGCUUCACUGCUGAGUCCUACACGGUGCUGGCCGACACUUCGAUUGAUGCCGGCCAGCACUACUGGGAGGUCCGCUUCGACAAAGAGAGCAAGACGUUUGCUGCCGGUGUGGCUCUGCGGAGCCUGGGCCGCUUCGACCAGCUGGGGAAGACGGGGGCUUCGUGGUGCAUCCACCUGAACAACUGGCUGCAGCAGAGUCUUACAGCCAAACACAAUAACAAGGCUCGCACACUGGACUGUCCCAUCCCGUGCAGUGUGGGGGUUUACUGCAACUACGAGGAAGGAGUUCUAUCGUUCUUUAACGGCAAAACGAAGCAGCUGCUGCACACGUUCAGAACCAAGUUCCAGCAGCCCGUCAUCCCUGCCUUCAUGGUGUGGAAUGGGAGUUUCUCCGUGGUCACAGGUCUGCAGGUCCCCAGCGUUGUGCAGAGCGGCCAGCGGAAGAACAGCAACACCAGCAGCUCAAACGCCAGCCUCACUUAACUCGGGCAUCCACAGCCAUUGUGACGCUUCCCAAACCUGACGAUCAGCACCACAGAGCUGCACCUCCGCUCCGGUGGAAGCCACCACACGAGGAUGGAGCAUCACCAGUGCUGCAUGUCGACAGGAAUCUGUGACGCUCGGGUCAUUAGUCUUAUUUUUUUUUUUUUUAUGUCCUCUCUACACAUCUGUUUAACACUGUACCACUGCUGCUAGAGCAAAGACUUAGCGCUGGCCGCUGCCCUCCUCUCCAUCAUGAACUAGUCGCUCUGUGAGUUGCUGCAGCUGAAGGGUCUGCUCUCGCCCUGUGCCUUCCAUCUCAUCGUCCAAAAGAGAAAAGUCAGCCGUAUGCUCCCUGCUUCAAAUAUAAACAGUGUUUUGUGUCUGUGUCAACAUAACUCAGUGGUUAUUAUCACCCACAUGUAAGCUGAAGUAUAAACCCUCUUCCUUCUGGCCCAGACAACAGUUCACCUUGUAAUGCAUAUCAGAGUGUUAAACAUGAGAGAUGCUACUUGCAAAGGCUCCCUCUACAUGUCGGACGCUAAAAUGCUUCAUCUUCUUGUGUUUCUCUACAUCCAGAUCACGUGCUGAUCAGUGGGCGAGCCAGACACUCACAGCCUCUAGUCCAAAUAUAAUACAGUAGCUAGCUAGACAAUUCAACUUGGGCAGAUCUAGGAUCUGGACACGCCAACCUUUGGUUUGUCUUCUCUUAUAUUUGCACACGUUUUCUUUCUUUGAGAUGUGUAGCCUGCAAUGCUUUAAGGAAACAGAGAUUUGUGUUUAUUGUAAAUAGUUGUAAUAUUUCCACUUUAUUGCAUCAGUUAUGGCGGUAAUAAACAAGUGACUAAUACAUGCUUGUGUCGUUACAGAUAUAUGGUACAGGUUUAUCCUCGUCUGUAUAAAACACAAUG